AUGUCCUUAACAAGCACCGAGCUAAAUUACUUGGUGUGGCGAUAUCUCCAGGAAUCAGGGCUGGAUUUGGCGGCAUAUGCCCUCGAAAAGCACUCCCAGUGCCUGUCCUACGAAGGAAACAAGAACCUUGAAAUUAUCAAACGAAUACAACCGGGGUGUCUCAUAGAUUUAGUGCAGAAGGGGAUACUAUAUUCUCUCGCAGAGCAUAAGGCAAGCACAGAAGAAGAUAGUAAGCGAAAAGAGCCGCCAUUGAACUCGAUUUUGAGCUUGUUUGGUGCUGUGUUGGAGGACGAACACCUCGAAGAGUACGUGAGGAAAGCUGGGCUCAAGGACAGUGCAACAUGUGACGAUAUAGAGAAAAAGGGAAUAAUAGAGGGCAACGGGAACGGUGUGGCCAAUGGAGGGGCAACCUCAGGUGAACCCGGAGCGAAACAGGAGUACAAACCAGAAGGAACCGUACGCUCAACCCCACCAGACAGCAACGCAGAAGAGAAAGAAGAUGACCAUCGGGGAGAACAUACAGACCUGACUGGAGCUCAUCCAUCGGCAGGACUGCAAGAAGAAACAGACGAAGGAAAACCAGUAGUUGAAGAGGAAGUGAUACCUGCAUUUAAUACCAAACUUAUCCAUCCUAACAUUACAUUUCCCUCAAGUAUAACGUCACAUUGGCACCCCAAGACAGAGGUGUUCGCCUACGGCAGAGAAGAUUCGCUAGCUGUUAUAGUUGCCCUCCUGGGCGACCUGAUUGCAGAAAGUGUGACGCUUACGCAUUCUACUAUAUCUGGUUUGGACACCAAGAACGAAAUCAGUAUAGUAUCGUGGGCUCCAGCCGGGAACAUCAUAGUAACAUCAGCAAUUAACGGAGAAUUAAGAGCAUGGUCGCCCGACGGGAAGUUGAAAAAUAUAGCAAACACCUCGACAUUCCAGUCGACUGAAUUGACCAACCAGUCGUCCACCAUGGUUUCUAAUUUGAUAUGGAGUGAAUCUGGUCAGUUUUUGCUUUCUCUCGAUAUACAUAACCAGGUUUGUCUUUGGAAUGGUAAUAACUUGAGUCUCAUCCAACAGGUAAGACCACCAGAUGAAGAGACUAACCCAGACGAUGAAGGUGUGGUAGAUGAGGGGACUUCCGGCUCUGAUAUCCAACUCAUAGAUGCUUGCUGGCUUGAUGAAAGCAAGUUUGCGAUAUCGACAUCCAAACACACCAUCAAAAUUUUUGCAAUUUCACACACCCACCCUUCAAGCUUCGGAGGUUUACCUCUUGCCAAGCCAAUUGGGUCAUUAUCUGGCCAUGACCACCCUAUUUCAAUUCUCAAAUUCAAUAAGAAUUCCAAGAUUCUAGCAUCAUGUUCUGACUUCGAUUACAUCAUUAAGAUAUGGCACAGCAAUUCACUUCAGCACUCGUUGCUACUUAACGUUUCCAAGGAUGACAAUCCUUCGAACCUAAUCUUGCAUAGAACACCAAUCAUCAGUUUGAGCUGGCUCGAUGAUCAUAUACUAAUGAGUGUUUCUAUGGAAGGAGUAAUAAAUAUAUGGAACGUGAAAUCUGGAGAGGUAAUCGUCAGUACUAAUAUCUCCGAGACUACCAAAGAGAGCAUCCGUAUUGAAAAAGAGGGUGAAGACGACAUAAUGAAGGAUGUAGAUGCAGAAAACGAGGAACAGAAACAAGAAACUAAAACUAGACAGGAGCUGGAUAAAUUCAUUUUAUUCAACGCCUCAGUUUCUUCAAACAAUAAAUGGUUGGUGCUUGGAGACGAUCUCGGAAGAGUAACCAUUUGGGAUGUUUCCUUGGAGUCUUAUCCUAAGAAAGUGGAUGGAUCCACACAUUCAGUAUUGCGUUGCCUAGGAGUGUAUGAACACGAAGGCGUGAAGAGCGAUUCAACUGAUAUUGGAAUAUGUGAUAUCAGCUGGAGCUCUGUGUCGAAUAAAGUGUGCGUUUCCUACAAGGGAUGCGAUAGUGUAGUGUUUGACUGGGCAUGA